GAUCGGGGCAGAGCGACGCUGAUCUAGGACACGCGGGGAGUGACAGGGAGGGACCAGCGCAGGAGGGAGGGACUGCGGCGCCCGCACGCCCGAUGCAGCCUGGUAGUUGGAGAAGGAGGCUGUGUCGGAGCAGGAGCCAGAGCGAAAGUGGCCUGAGUGCCUUGCGAGCCACCCUCUGGUGUGAAAGUGACCCGCUUCUAGGCCAUGGCAUCCCCCAAGAUCGAGGCUGUCAUCAGGCAGCGGCACCGGAUGGCCGAGUGUCCAGUGUGGGAAGAGGAGACAGGGCAGCUGGUGUACGUGGACAUUAACAGCAGGAAUGUGUGCCGCUGGAACCCCUUCACAGGGGAGGUGCAGACCGUGGGCCUGAGAAACCGUGUUGGCUCUGUGGCCCUGUGCCAGAAGGGGACCUACUUGGUGGCUGCCGGCACCUGCCUUGGCCUCCUGGACUGGGGAACAAAGCAGGUACAGUGGGUGGCCUGGCUGGACAGGGACAAGCCCCACAACAGGUUCAACGAUGGAAAGGUGGACCCUGCUGGGAGGUUUGUGGCAGGUGAGCUUCCAAAAGGCACCAUGCCAGAGGCAUCUGCCCCAGGCAUGUGGGCACGAGGGCAGGGCUCACUGUACACGCUCUAUGGUGACGGCUCAGUGGUCAGACACCUGGAAGGGCUGGGCAUCCCCAACGGGCUGGACUGGUCCCUGGAUCAUAGGACCUUCUACCACGUGGACAGCCUGGACUACUGCGUGCGGGCGUUCGACUAUGACAUACAGACGGGUGGGAUAGCAAAUCCACGCAUCCUGUACCACCUGCAGCAGGGGCAGGGCAUGCCAGACGGGAUGUGUGUGGACACUGCGGGGAAGCUCUGGGUGGCCUGCAUUGAUGGAGGCAGGGUGAUCCGUGUGGAUCCUGAGACAGGGAUGCUGCUAUGCACGGUACACAUGCCCGUGUCCAGGGUCACAUCCUGCAGCUUUGGGGGCCCCAGCUACAUGGACCUGUACGUGACCUCCGCGGCAGAUGGCCUGAGCCAGGAGCAGCUGCUGAAGGAGCCUCAGGCUGGACACGUCUUCAAGGUCACCAGCCUGGGAGUUAGAGGAGUCGCCCCUCACGCCUUUUCUGGCUGAAAGCCACACCAGAGGGACUGGGCCAGCGUCAGUGGCUCAAUCUAGUCAUCCCUGCAUGAGUGGCUGGGUCAGGGCCCAGAAAUAUACAUGGCCAGUCUUCAGAAUCGCUCCGUUGCUCACUGCUUGAGGACAUGAGUCACAUGGGGGGACCAGGCACAGGUCUCUGGCAUGGUACCCUGUUGUGUUACUGAGCCCCUUAGUCUGCCUACAAGGUUGUCUGCCUGUCCCAGAAAUCUUCUGGGUGUGACAGGUGAUAUCUCUGCAGAUUUUAAAUUCCCAAUUAAAUUUUUUUUAAUUGUGGUAAAUGUAUAUAAAGUUAAUGAUUUUAAGGUGAAUAGUUCAAGGCAUUUAAUGCACUCACAAUGUUGUCUUGUUAUAGAAUAUUUUCUUCACCCCCAGAGGAGACCC